AUGUCCAACGAGGAGCCCCCCAGCACUGAUCUCAUUACUCUCACCCGCCAUGUCCUCAAUGAUCAGAUGCGCCUAGGGCCAGCGGCGACCGGCGACCUCACUUUGUUACUGACCGCCAUCCAGGUCACCUCGAAAUUCAUUGCUACCAAUGUUCGAAAGGCCCGGCUCAUUAACCUGGUCGGUCUUGCGGGAGAGACCAACGUUCAAGGCGAGGAUCAGAAAAAGCUUGAUGUCCUCUCCAACGAUAUUAUGGUUAAUGCUCUCCGAGCUUCCGGCAAGACUGCCGUCCUGGUGUCGGAGGAGCUGGAAGACGCCAUCAUCAUCGAGGAAAAGAACCGCGGCAGAUACUGUGUCGUAUUUGACCCUCUUGACGGUAGCAGCAACAUUGAUGCUGGUGUGAACAUUGGAACUAUCUUCGGGAUAUACAAAGUGGGAACAGAGGGCUCCGCUAGCAUACAGGAUGUCCUGAGACCAGGCAGUGAAAUGGUUGCGGCGGGCUAUACCAUGUACGGAUCAUCUGCCAAUCUUGUUUUGUCGACCGGACAGGGCGUCAAUGGAUAUACGUUGGAUGCUUCCCUGGGAGAGUUCAUUCUCACCCACCCUGACAUCCAGAUCCCCCAUCGCGGGAAGAUUUACUCCUUCAACGAAGGGAACGCCAUGUAUUUCCAUCCUCCUGUCAAUGCCUACCUGAAAUCGAUUAAAUACCCCGCACCCCCUAAAGCUCCGUAUAGCGCUCGGUACAUCGGUUCUAUGGUUGCUGAUGUUCACCGCACCUUCUUGUACGGUGGUAUUUUUGGAUACCCCGACGAUAAGAAGAGCAAGAGUGGUAAACUCAGGUUACUCUACGAGGCAUUCCCCAUGGCCUUUUUGACUGAGCAGGCCGGAGGUAUCGCUACAACUGGUACUCAGCGUAUCCUUGAUAUUGUUCCUACUGGGAUCCACCAAAGAUGCUCAGUUUUCCUGGGAAGCAGGGACGAUGUUCAAGACUUGAUGAAGUUCUAUCAAGAUCCAUCGUUAACCGAAUCAUAG